CCCUCUGAUGGGGUUUCAUGCUUGGAGGCAGUGUUGAGGAUUCUCAAAAACCAACACAGAUUUCCAAGCCUUUGUAAAAAAUUCAAAAAAUAUUAAAAAAAAAAAAAAAACUGCUCAUUGACCAUAUCGGGCAACCAAAAUGAGAAUCAGGACAUUUCAUCUCAGCGUCAAUGACAGCUAAUGGAACCUGAACAAGGGUCAGUCACUAGGACCCAAAAAGGGGAGAUAAGAAAAAAAGGACAGCAAACUCAAGCGGUCAAAGGACGGCUGGCAGAUAUGAGAGUGAUACUGGUGUGUUGCCUUCUCUCGCUGCUCUCUCUGUCACGUGCCUGUCCAAAAGAGUGCAGCUGCAACACAAACACCAAAGCUGUGGACUGCCGGGGUCGAGGCCUGUAUGACAUUCCCCGACGAUUACAUCCAGACACCCAAGAAUUAUAUCUCCAAGACAAUCGCAUCAGAGGCCUGGGAUGGAUGGCUUUUCGAGAAAUACCCCUCGUUCGUGUUCUCGACCUAUCAAAUAAUUCCAUAACAUCUGUUUCCCCAACUGCUCUUCUGGGGCUCAGAACUCUGCAGCAUCUCAGUCUCGCCUACAACAGCCUGAGAGAGCUCGAUAAGCGGUUGUUUGGACCCGUUCACUCACUUUCACACCUUGACCUUUCACACAACAGCCUGUGGGGUUUGUCCGGAGCCAUGGGAGAAACUCUGAGGAACCUGAGCCACCUGGGGCUCGCCCACAACAGGCUAACACGAUUAGACCGGUCCCUGCUGGAGUCCUUGGGCCGCCUGGAUAGUCUCACGCUACGAGGCAACGCUUGGAGGUGUGACUGUCACCUUAUAGGCCUCAAACUGUGGCUGGAGACCUACCUCUUCAAAGGUGGCGUGGUGGAUGAGGUCCUUUGCGCCCAGCCCACAGAGAUGCGGGACAGAGACCUGCAGAAGAUCCCUUACCAGCUCUUCCACACCUGCAUGACCACAAGCUACCAUUACUUGUUUGCCAACAUCCAUCAUCUGGAAUCGGAGAGGCUGCUGCGAGGCCACAUCCAUGGCAACCACGCUCAUCCCUCAAGCCACGCGCUCCACGUCCCGAUGGCAAUGGGGGAGGGAUUCGGGGGCGGAGGAGGUAAUAUCCCAGAGUGCGAGACUAAGCAAAGGCAGAGACCAGUCAACUUGCGCCACGCUAUCGCCACAGUGAUCAUCACAGGAGUCGUGUGUGGGAUCGUGUGUCUGAUGAUGCUGGCUGCAGCGGUAUACGGUUGCGCCUAUGCUGCCAUCAUGGCCAAAUAUCAGCGGGAACUGAAGAAAAAUGAACAGUUGGCAGCGGCUCGUGCCGCCGAUCAUGCCAGGUUAGAUGAGAAGGAACCACUGGAGAAUGCCAUUGCCUAGGAGAUGACAACACAAACCCUUGAACGUCAAACUCGGGCCUCAACCCUUUAACCUAAUCAUCUUUGGAUGACAUGUGUGUGUGUGUGUGUGUGUGCGUGUGUGUGUGUUUGUGUGUGUGUGUGUGUUUGUGUGUGUGUGUGUGUGUGUAGGUGCUGUGAGAGGAAAAAAAAAAAAAAAAGAGUGGGAAAUUAUUCAUGUUUGUGUGAGUUGACAUUUUUUGAAACCUGGGUAGCUAAUUAAAUUCCACAGGUAUAUGACUAUGCACUGAAAAGAACUGCAACCAUGUGAACUCACGGGGGCAGGCCAAAGUACUGAAUUGAAUAUAUUCCAUUUUCUCCAAGAAGCGCAUAUCACAGAUACAGACGGCUAUAUUUAAUACUCUGUAUUUCUAGGUUUUUGUAAAACUCUGGUAUUUGAAAUUCAUUUCAGAAUGUGGUUGUCUUUCAGCUGUUGUUUAUAGUUUUGUUGUCUAAUAUCAAACUUAUUUUUAAAUUCAUAGUUGGCAGCUGGUGUCUGUAAUGUUUUCAUUUGUUCAUGAUGAGUAACACAAAAAAAAGAGUGAUUGUGUGUAUGUGUACUGAAUGCAAAUAUUUGUAGAGAAUUAAAUUGUUUGCGCCCGAUAAUGUGAUAUAGUUUUGCAGAGAAAAAUAUGUUUUAUUAAGAAUAUUUUUCUGACAACCCUUGAGGGGAUGAUGGGAACUUCUUUGAAGCAAUAAGAAUUUUAUGGGUACACAGAUUAUUUACCAUUAUUGUACCGCUGCACAAAAUGACAUAAACACAUGAAAAACGUUUACUGAACA